ACGAUGUUUUUCCUCGCUUCCACCCACGUUUCUAGUGUGCCCAUUUUAUUUUAUCAUUGAGUUGAUGUUCUGUAAUUAGCAUUAAUAGAUUUAGGUGCAUUGCUGUGUCUCUAUCAAUUGCGUUUGACUGCUUUAAUUGUACAAUCAUCGUUUAAAUUCUGUUUCGUUGCCGAGAAAUUUGGCGGAAUAAGUAAUUCCAGUUUUUCUUGUUUCUAAAAGGUUAAGUUUCUUUUAUUUUUUCCUUCCGUUUUUCUAUUCUAAGUAAUAUGUUCAUGACAUUCUGUACUGGGUUUCAUAUAAUAUUUGUGAAGCGGGAUUUCAAGAUUUUGUAUGAAACUAGUAGCUGUUAGAUCCCCGGUCUUGCUUUUCUUUUUCUUUUAUUUAUAUUUUGCUGUUGAUCAAAAGGGGAGCAUUGGGUUUUGGUUUAAUUUUGAAUUGCAUGCAGAUACCUAAAGAUUAAGAGUGAAUACCAUUGAGAGGAAAGGAAGGUGUUGGAUUUAUACAGUUGAUUUUUUAUUUAUUCUUUUUUUAUUGGAAAAUAAAGAAUCUGAAAAAGGGUUUUCGUUAUUUUCCCUUGAAUUUUGUUAAAUCCGAAAAAGGAUUAAGAUUUGACAAAUGAAUGUGGUUGGCAAAGUUGGGAGUUUAAUUUCACAAGGUGUAUAUUCUGUUGCUACCCCUUUCCAUCCUUUUGGCGGGGCUGUUGAUGUCAUUGUUGUUCAGCAACAAGAUGGGACAUUUCGAAGCACGCCAUGGUAUGUUCGGUUCGGGAAGUUUCAGGGUGUUUUAAAAGGGGCUGAGAAGGUUGUUCGUAUAACUGUUAAUGGCGUUGAAGCAGAUUUUCAUAUGUGUCUUGAUAACUCUGGGGAAGCCUAUUUCGCAAGGGAGGUUGAUGCUGGUAAAGGAUAUGAUACAAAUGGUGAGCUGAAAGAUUCUGAGUCUGAACUGACACACGAUGAUGGUAAUAGACACAUUGCUCAAUUUUGUAGACUUGAACAUAGUCUCUCAGACUCCAGGGUGGCUCUGUUGAGGGAUGAAUUAGAUGCCAUUAAUCCGAAGCGGCUUGAAAGGUCGGAAUCUGAUGCUAGGUUCUAUGAGUUUCAAGAUGAGCAAUCCUUUCUAGAGGAUUCAGUUAAUGUGUCAGAUGUCGGGCCUGGCCAAUGUGAUGGUUCAGAUGGUGCAUGUCUUGGUGAUGCACAAGAUUUAGAUUCAGAAGUUGUCUUGGUCAGUGUGGAUGGUCAUAUGCUUACAGCCCCUGUAUCAGCAUCGGAGGAAAAUGAUGAAGAUGUGCAAUUAAGCACACCCAGGUUUCAUAUAGGACCAGGUGAAGAACCUGAGUGUUGCAAUGGUAAUGAGGAGCUAAUUUCAGGUGACGAUGUGUGUGCUGCUGGUUGUAUUAAUAAGCUCAGUUCAGCAGCGGAUAAGGACUCUCAUGAUAUUAGUGUGAACAGUUAUUCAACUGCUUUGAGACACCAUCCAGAAGUUUGUGUAGAAGGGAGGGAACAAGGCUGUCAAACCGAAGUAACUCAAAACCUUUCUAACCAUCAAAGUGAAUUUAACAGGCCAAGUGAUGUUGGAGAUGCAUCUGUGAUUAAGAGAAGGGGGGAGGUUUUUCAAAGCUGCCUUGAAUUAUCUGAAUUGGGAAGACAUGGUGAGAACACUGAUCCUGUAGGUACAAAUAAGCCAUCUAAAGCUCACAUUUCCCAUGAUAAACCUUCUUGCAGCCCUCCAGACUUUAAUGAAAUCAAAGAUGGAGAUGUUGGUGACUCCAGAAAGGAAGAUUUGUUGUCUUCUUCCAACAAUAAUGGAUCUCCUGACUUACCAGUUGAAAACAAAGAGUUGGAAUCUGAUUGUUUGGGUCCUAACAAUGCGUCUGUUGGUAAUGGAUCUCAAGUGAACGAUGAACAGUUUGGCACAUCAGCAUUGACUGAUGGGAUAAAUGGCAGUCCACAAAUUCCUGAACCUGAGAAUAAGAGUAGCCAAAGUGAGAGUGUCAAAACUGAAUCUACUUCUGGUAAAGAGACAGAAGCUCAUGCUAAUCCAGGAUUUGAGAUCUCUCUCUGUGGAAAAAAACUUCAUGCUGGUAUGGGGUUAGAUGCUGCAGCUGCAGUCUUUGAAGCACACCGCAUAUCAAAGGAAGAAUUUAAAAAUAAUGCAAGGUCAAUUAUUAAGAAUUCAAACCUUAUCGUCCGGUUUGGAGACAGGUAUUUUCCUUGGGAAAAAGCUGCUUCUGUUAUUCUUGGAAUGGCUGCAUUUGGUUCAGAGUUAUCUCUUGAGCCCCGAGAUGCAAUCCGUGUUGAACAGGAUGAGUCAUCAAACUCAAGGGGUGAUGAUUCUGUAGUCACUUCCACAUCCUCUAGCCGCGGAUGGAACCUCUGGCCUAUUCCAUUUACAAAGGGCAAAACACUUGAGCACACUGAUAGCAAUUCAUCAAGUGAGGAGUUGUUUGUUGAUUCUGAAUCUGAUAUACAAAAUACACAAGCAGGUUCAACUCUUGAUUCUUCCCGCAAGCAAUUUAUUAGAACCAAUGUUCCCACUACUGAGCAGAUAGCUUCCUUGAAUCUGAAAGAUGGUCAAAAUAUGAUUACUUUCAGUUUCUCCACCAGGGUUUUUGGAAACCAAGAGGUUGACGCUCAUCUUUACUUGUGGAAGUGGAAUGAUAAGAUUGUAAUCUCAGAUGUUGAUGGAACUAUUACCAAGUCUGACGUUUUAGGCCAGUUUAUGCCUUUAGUUGGAAGGGACUGGACACAGUCUGGUGUAGCCAAACUUUUCUCUGCUAUUAAGGAGAAUGGAUAUCAGCUGCUAUUUCUCAGUGCGCGUGCAAUCGUUCAGGCAUAUUUAACCAGAAACUAUUUACUCAACCUAAAACAGGACGGAAAAGCUUUACCGAAUGGACCCGUUGUUAUUUCCCCUGAUGGUUUGUUUCCUUCAUUGUACCGUGAAGUGAUAAGAAGAGCACCUCAUGAAUUCAAAAUAGCAUGUUUAGAGGAUAUCAAGAAACUUUUCCCUUCCGAUCACAAUCCGUUUUAUGCUGGCUUUGGAAACAGAGACACAGAUGAGCUCAGUUACAGAAAAAUUGGAAUCCCGAAGGGCAAGAUAUUUAUAAUUAACCCUAAGGGUGAGGUGGCUAUUAGUCAACGUAUUGAUGUGAGAUCGUAUACGUCAUUGCAUACUCUUGUUGAUGACAUGUUUCCGCCAGCCUCAUUGGUUGAGCAGGAAGAUUAUAACGCAUGGAAUUUUUGGAAAGUGCCAUUACCGGAUAUUAAGUGAGAUGGUGGCUUAAGGAAUACAGUUUGCUUCUACCAACUAGUUAAUGAGAUGAUGAGUUGGGUAAAGUGGCCCCAUGGUGAGCAGAUUGUCGUGACUGCUUCCCACACAUUUAUAUUCAUCUGUGACCUUCAAAAUCAAAAUCAUUGCCUCCCACAGAUGUAUGUACCAUAGAAAUAAAAACAUUGUUUUGUUGAUUUCUAUGAUUAAUAUAAAGUGCAUUUUAACACA